AUGGGUAACACUAGAUUCACUACUCAUUCACCACAGCAACAACAUGAAGAAUAUCAUAGCGGGGAUUCAACAUGGCUGCGACAAACCAUAUCUAGUUAUUUGAUCAAAGAUGAAUCUAAUCAACAUGAUCAUGUUUUAAUUUUGACACCAUUGAAAAAUGCAGCUGCUUAUCUACCUACGUAUUUUGAUCUUGUAGAUCAAUUAGAUUAUCCGAAAUCAAAACUCUCCUUGGCCUUUCUUGUUUCUGAUACCACAGACGAUACCGUGACUCUAUUACGUACACAACAACGAAGUUGGCAACACCGAUAUCAUUCUGUGCAUAUCUAUGAAAAAGAUUUCCAUUUUGAUUUACCUGAAGAUCAACGCCAUCAAUUCCAACUUCAACCUUUACGUCGUUCUUAUAUGGCUAGAUCUCGUAAUUAUCUAUUAUCUGCUGCUCUUCGUCCUGAACAUCAAUGGGUGCUUUGGUUAGAUGUCGAUGUUGUCAAGUAUCCUACCAGUAUACUUCAAGAUUUGAUCUCUGUCAAUGAAGAUGUUGUCGUACCUAAUUGCCUGCGUUUGACUGAGGAUGGUUCUUUUUGGGGUUAUGAUAAGAACAAUUGGCAAGAAACUGAAGCUUCUUUAACUUUACAAAAGGAAUUAGAUCCCGAUUAUGUUUUAUUGGAAGGAUACUAUGAAUUUUUGACAAAUCGAUAUUUGAUGGUGGAUAUGCCUACUCAUUUGGGUCGAUUCAAUAAAGUACCUUUAGAUGGCGUGGGGGCUACAUUUACUUUGGUCAAGGCGGAUGUUCAUCGUGAAGGCGCCAAUUUUCCAUCUUAUGCUUUCCAACAUCAAGUAGAAACAGAAGGUUUUGCAAAAAUGGCAAAAGCAAUGGGUUUUGGUGUAUACGGUCUUCCUGGUUAUAUCAUUUAUCAUGCCAUGAACGCUUAG